AUGCUUUGCCUCCUGGUCUCAAAGGAGCCAAUCGGAAACUUUUGGUGCAGUGGACAUGGACGCUUAUCGGAGUUGCCAAUUGAGGAGUUCUUUGGCAGGCUUCGGUCAAGGGCUCUGAAUGCGCAGAUGUCAGUGCGCAGCUACUUCAAGUCUUCAGCCAAAGAGGUGAUUCGAACCUUCCGUGCAAACAACAAAGAGAAAGACCCAGGCGCAUCCAACAUGCAAAUUGUGAAGCCUGUCUCAGAGGAUGAUUUUCUUGCUUGCAAUGUUUUAGCUUUGAAGGCUGGCACCAAAUUAGCUGGUUGGUGUGCAGAUGUGGAUGACCAAUCUUUGCUCAAUGCCUAUCACGUGUCUCCGGCGGAGUUGCUUCAGGAUGAUGAUCAGCCGCUCCACCACUGGGAGAAUGAUUGGAAUGGGCACUCCGAUGAGGUGGAGGAGUUGAAUGAGCCGACUUGCGAUAAAGUGCUCCAUUCUGUAGCUGAGGAUGCCAAAGAUGUCACUGAAGAAGCGAAUGGCAUGGACCUUCUGGGUGAGGACCAACAUGGUGAGGAUGAAGAUCUUGCAGACCUUGAUUUACGUGGCGUUCCUGAUGCUGACAAGCUGAAGGCGGUCCUUAGGGCCUCAGAAUCGGGCGCUGCGUUUGGCUUUACACAUUCCCCGCCGAGGUACUCCAAUAGCAACCAGCAGAUUGAGACCGUGUCUUCCGCCUUCGAUCAAUGCGGCCCAGAUCUCAGUGCCAAGAACCUUGUCGAUGCGAUUUGUUACAAUGAAGCAAAGCUGGCGGAACUUCGCCGUGAAGAAGGCAGUGCAGAAUACAGAAAGAGAUCCGGCCGCAUGGAGAAGUGGAAGCAGGUCGCAAUGGAUGCGGCAGUGGAUCCAGCUGCAAGAGAUCUCAUCUCAGACAAGAUUGAGCAUGGCCACAUCAUCGCCAUCGUCAUUCCCAGAAAGGGAUCAGCAUCUGCCCAAAGGGCCACACUUGCAAUUGAAACAUCCCUGUGGCGGAACCCCAAGAAGCCACAGCUCAGUACGACAGCCUUGUCAAUGAGCCAGAUCAUUGCUUUGCGCUGCAUUGAGCUGGAGCAGCGCGUUGAGGACGGCAAAUGGUGGUGCUGCAGCACAUCGAGGGCAUGGGUGGUGAAGUCGUAUGCGGUUGCUGCGGUCUUGGACAUGUCAGAGAGCGCUGACACCGUGGAUGGAUUGACUAUCGAGCUUUCCGAACAGUCUGCAGAGUAUGUCGAUGGUUUGGAUCAAGUUCCACAUUGGUGGCCUGCAGAGCAGUCCACGUGUGAGGCAGAGGAUGAUGCAGAUAUGAGGGCCAUGCCUUUCUCAGGACUGAUCGUUGGUCGUGGGAGGGGUCGGAAGAGAGGUCCGACAGGCGAAACCAACAAAAAACCAAAGAAGAAGAGGAAGACAGGUGAACAGGAUGAACAGGAUGAACAGGAUUCAAAACCGGAGGGAAGGAAAAAGAAGAAGAAGGUGAAGCAUCACAAAAAACUCAAAUCCACAAAGAAACCGAUGCCGAAAGUUGCCUUUCUGGCAUCGAAUAUGUUGAAAAACAAAAUUGGCCGAGCUUUGGUGUCGCAAUCGCUUGAGAAAUUCAAAAUGUUGGAUGCCGAGCAGUUUGCAAAGAGCCCGGCUUUCUCCUUUUCCGGCGAGUGUAUGAUUCCAGUGGAAGGCGUGAAGGGUUUCCGCAGCAAGGUCUUUGAGAGGCUUGACGGGACGAUGAAGGAGCUGGAGGGCCAUCCGUUGGAGCUUGCAGGCACCGCUGCAGUUGAGCCAUUGCGUCAAGGCUUGGCCGUGCAGGAGCAGCUGCUGCUUCGUACAUGCUGCAGUGCAAGUCGAGAAGGUGUGAGUGGCACGUUCGUCUUUUGGGAGGAGGCGCUCAGCAAUCGCCAAGCGCGCCAUGCCAAGCGUGGUGCCUUGCUACAUUGGGCCGAUUACAAAAGGUGGUUCCAGCACACCGUGAUGGAGAGUCAAAAACUGCGGCUCCGUCGACUUUUUUGGGCUUUGCGGCCCGUCUCCCAGCCGCAGGAACAUCGGGAUUUGCGCGACCGCCUAGCACUGCGCAAUGCGCAACGCACUGCGCAGCGAUGUUUGAGAGAACUUCAUGUGCGCUUCCUUCGUCAGCGUAAGGCGCUACGCGCUCGACAGCUCCAGCUGCAACGCCAGUGUUUCACUGCGAUGGCUCAAUGGCAACUGUUGCGGUAUGCCUUCCAAUGCCUGGCCGGAAGGAGUGAUACGCCAAGGGCGCUGCCAGAGUUCAGCGACGUCUUGCUAGUCAAGGGCUGAUUCUUCGAAGCGUUGGAGCGGAGCCAGUCAGUUGGGAUGUGCACGAUUACAGUACUUGGGUCCUAUCGGUCCCACUGUUGAGGUUGUGUCAAGGCUCAGCUGUGACAGAUGCAAUAGGCUGCUAAUAGGCUCUUGAUGCUGCGAUGUCUCAGUGAAUCAGGGGAUUUUAUUGAUCUUCUCGAUCUU